AUGUGGUUCGGCCGACGCCGCAAGACUUCACACGCUCUCUCGAAGCCAAUGAAAGACGAUGACGCAGCACGAAGCAAGCAUCGAGUACCCUGUCAUAUAAUCCCAUUUGCGUUAAUGACCAGCAUCAAUGACCUCCCCACAGAACUUCUUUGGACGAUUUUCGUCGAAUGCGGUCAUUCUGAACCACUAUCCUUCUCCAAUGAAUUGCCUACAGCCCUCGCCGUCAGCCUAGUCAGCCGCCUGUGGUACCAGUCCGCCCUUCAGGUUCCGGAGCUGUGGACUACCAUAAGCUCUCGACUCUCCAAAGCGUCUGUCCUACUCUGGUUGGAGCGUUCGCGGGGGCUGUCAGUACGGAUACUCCUAGAUCUGCCCGAGAACCCCUUAUCGACGGGUUUCUGCGUCAAACAUGUCCUCGAGCCCUGCAUCGAGCGAGUAACUCUGCUCUCCAUAAGAGGUGUCUAUCACAAUCGUGUCAUUGACACGCUCCGCCGACGGGUUCAAGACGCUUUGCCCUUUCAGCUUCAGACGCUACACCUACAUCCUCUCGGGAAGGACGCAUCUCGAGAAGCGCGCAAUCGAGCCUACGUAGUAGAGCUGCGCGACAUCCCGCUACAACGCCUAUUUAUUUCGUCGGGUGUGCGCCUUAACCCAACGACUCUGCGUCGCAUACGAGUAGACGAUCUUGAGAUCGGACCCGGAGACGAAACCGUCCGCAUGCAGACACCUCUCGCGUUGAUUCUGAGUAGCCUAUUCGGAGCGACAACUAUACGAACACUUCGACUUGACGUCAGCGGUGCAUACGAUGCACGGCUACCACAUGUUAUCAGGGAGACCAUCAACUGCACACACCUUGAGCGCAUCUAUCUCGCCGGGGACAUGCGUUUCUGCAAGACCCUCUUGGACCGCUUGCGUUGUCCCCCGCUACAUGCGUGCGGACUGUCUUUCACGUGGACUACGAAGACCCCGGAUAUGGACGCAUUGCAUGUCACGCUUGUCCGAGCGCUAUCGGCACGGAUUGCUCGCAGACCGCGUAGCAUGAUAGUCAGGAUCUACCCUCCUCGUGUCGUCUUUCUGGCAUUCGAUGAAUCACUCAGAUGGGAUAGCCACGAUAGGACUUUGCUGGACAGCAUACCCGCUACCGCUUCCGGGACGGUCUUUGCUAUCGAGAUGCACUGUCCGCCAGAACAUACCUCGGCGCGAGCUGCGGAAGAACUGCUGGACGAGCUCAUAGCGCACGAAAUGCUGUGGGCGCUGGAAGAGCUGAUCGUCAUCUCUCCCAACCAAUCAGAUCUUCUACCUCAUCACAUCUUCGACGAUCUGAAAUUCAUUCCCACGUUAAUCGCGCACUGUCGUAGUGACAUGGUUAACCUGAAUGGGUUUCAUUCGAACGAUCCGAUGUGGUUAGAGCCUGAAGAUAAUCCGCAAUGGGAGCAGGCUCCGCCGAACCCUGCGUCGCCGGCCAUGGUGCUCAUCGCGCGUAACGCGACGGGGAGUACAACGAAGUUCGAAGUCGUACCCCAACUGUUCGCGGAGAGGAUCGGCGGUAUGGUUGACGCAAUGGACAUUCGGGUGGCGUUAUGGGGCAGAAGACGCGGGGAGCCAUUGCCUGUCUGGUAG